CCUCCCCAGCGCGUGCCAUCUGGUGCCAGGUCGGCAGCGACGAGGCGGGCGGCGUGACAACGAGAGGGGACGACGAGGAGAUAACGAGGAGAUAACGAAGUGACAGAGGAAGAGGAGGAAGAGGAGUCGCCUUUGGUUAAAUCUCUCGCGGCGUUUGUGGAUCCCCCACGCAGAGCGACGAUGGCGGAGCGUAAAGGCAGAGCCAAGGUGGACUUCCUGAAGGCGUUGGAGAAAAGUGUACAGACGAGAUGGGCCGAGGAGCGUGCGUUUGAGGUGGAUGCGCCAGAACCUGGGAAAAAACAAUCCAAGUUCAUGGUGUCAUUCCCAUAUCCAUACAUGAAUGGACGUCUGCAUCUGGGCCACACCUUCAGCCUCUCCAAAUGCGAGUUUGCUGUUGGUUACCGUCGCUUGAAGGGGGACCUUUGUCUUUACCCAUUUGGACUCCACUGCACUGGAAUGCCAAUUAAGGCAUGUGCCGACAAGCUGAAGUAUGAGCUGGAGACAUUUGGGAACCCGCCUGUGUUUCCUGAUUGGGUGGAAGAGGUGCAAGAGGAGGGAGGCAAACUGGAUGUAGAUGCCACUGUCGCAAAGGACAAGACCAAGAGCAAGAAGAGCAAGGCAGUGGCCAAAUCCGGGGCAAUGCGAUUCCAGUGGCAGAUCAUGCGCUCGCUGGGGCUGAAUGACACGGAGAUCACAGCCUUCGCCAAUGCCGAGCACUGGCUCCAGUACUUUCCCCCACUCGCUGUGAAGGACCUGCAGGGCAUGGGGCUCAAGGUGGACUGGCGGAGGUCAUUCAUCACGACAGAUGCGAACCCAUACUAUGACUCCUUCGUGCGUUGGCAGUUCUUGACACUCAAGGAAAGAGGAAAGAUCAAAUUUGGCAAACGUUACACCAUCUACUCUCCAAAGGAUGGGCAGCCCUGCAUGGACCACGACAGGCAAACUGGCGAGGGUGUGGGCCCGCAAGAGUACACCCUCAUCAAGAUGAAACUUCUGGAGCCAUUUCCUGCAAAACUCAGCCAUCUGGCAGGAGAGGCCGUGUUCCUGGUGGCAGCCACGCUGCGUCCGGAGACGAUGUUUGGGCAGACCAACUGCUGGUUGGGGCCGGAUGUGCGCUACAUUGCAUUCCGCACAGCCUGCGGAGCCGUGUUUGUGUGUACGGCACGCGCCGCACGCAACAUGUCCUACCAGGGCUUCACGACUGCCGAUGGGCAUGUCGACAAACUCGCCCAGCUCACCGGGGUGGACCUGAUGGGGGCGGCUCUGAGCGCUCCACUCUGCUCCUUCCCAGUCAUUUACACCCUGCCUAUGCUCACCGUCAAGGAGGACAAGGGCACGGGGGUGGUGACGAGUGUUCCUUCGGACUCGCCCGAUGACAUCGCUGCUCUGCGCGACCUCAAGAGAAAAUCAGCCCUGCGGGAGAAGUAUGGUAUUACGGACGCCAUGGUGCUGCCCUUCGAGCCGGUACCGAUCAUCGAGGUGCCUGGGCUGGGUUCUCUGGCGGCUGUGACGGUGCUCGAUGAGAUGGGCAUCUCGAGUCAGAACGAGCGUGAUCGCCUUGCCCUCGCCAAGGAGCGCGUCUACCUCAAGGGCUUCUAUGAGGGGGUGAUGCUGGUGGCAGGGUAUGAGGGGUGUCGUGUGCAGGAUGUAAAGAAGGUCAUCCAGGGCAAACUAAUUUCAGAUGGCCAUGCGGUGCUGUACAUGGAGCCAGAGAGACAGGUUAUGUCCCGCUCAGGCGAUGAAUGUGUUGUGGCGCUGUGCGACCAGUGGUACCUGGACUAUGGAGAAGAGCAGUGGAAGAGCCAGGCAACAGAAUGCCUUAAGAAUAUGGAGACAUUCAUGGAUGAAACUCGUAGAAACUUUGAAGCGACACUGGAAUGGCUGAAGGAGCAUGCAUGCUCGCGCACAUACGGACUUGGAACUCGCCUGCCAUGGGAUGAGCGCUGGCUCAUCGAAUCCCUGUCGGACUCCACCAUCUACAUGGCGUUCUACACUGUGUGCCACCUCCUGCAGGGCGGGACGCUGGAUGGACACGGGGUCUCCCCGCUCGGCAUCCGGCCGGAGGACAUGUCGUGCGCCGUUUGGGAUUACGUUCUCUUCCCGGACGCCCCAGUUCCAGACUCUGUGAUCUCAAAAGAGAAACUCGACCUUCUUCGCCGAGAGUUCCAGUUCUGGUAUCCCAUGGAUCUCCGAGUCUCUGGAAAAGACCUGGUGCCCAACCACCUGACUUACUACCUGUACAACCACGUGGCCAUGUGGCCCAAACACAGUGAGAUGUGGCCCCGAGCGGUCCGAGCAAAUGGGCACCUCCUGCUCAACUCUGAGAAGAUGUCGAAAUCUACAGGGAAUUUCUUGACUCUGUCAGAGGCUAUUUCUAAGUUCUCUGCUGACGGCAUGCGUUUGGCCCUGGCGGAUGCGGGGGACACGGUGGAGGAUGCGAACUUCGUGGAGAGUGUGGCGGAGUCUGGGGUGCUGCGUCUGCACGCAUGGGUGGAGUGGGCACGUGAUGUCUUGCAGUCUCCACAUGGACAGCGCCUGGGGCCAGCCUCCUCCUUCAACGACCGUGUGUUUAUCAGUGAGAUGAAUGCAGGAGUCCAUAAGACAGAGAAGCUCUAUGAGAAGAUGAUGUUUAAAGAGGCUCUCAAAACAGGAUUCUUUGAAUUCCAGGCGUGCCGUGAUCGCUACCGCGAGCUGGCUCUGGAUGGGAUGAAUCGCGAUCUCCUACUCCGUUUCAUCGAGUUGCAAACGCUGUUGCUGGCACCCGUAUGCCCACACGUUUGCGAGCACGUGUGGGAACUCCUGGGCAAGCCGGGCUCCGUGGUGCGGGAAGCGCGCUGGCCCGUGGUGGAUGCCCCGGACGAGGUUCUGCUCCGCUCGGCUGAGUACAUGAGGGAGGCGACCCACGAUGCUCGUAUCCGCCUCAAGAGAGGCCCUGUUCUCUCUGGGCCACCAACUCACUGCAUCUUCUACGUGGCCAAGAACUACCCACCCUGGCAACACAUCACUUUGACUACACUGCAGGGACACUAUCAGGCUAAUGGCAAACUUCCAGACAACAAACAGAUUUCAGUUGAGCUGGGAGCCAAACCUGAGCUGAAGAAACAUCUCAAGAGAGUCAUGCCCUUUGUGGUGAUGAUCAAGGAUAACCUGGAGCGCCAGGGUCCCCGUGCCCUCGACUUACAGCUAGAGUUUGACGAGCGAGCUGUUCUCAUGGAAAACAUAGCCUACCUCACCACCACGCUGGAGGUGGAUGAGGUGAGGGUGGUGUUUGCGAGCGAGGCGGAGCAGCGAAUCCGGGACGAGUGCCGGCCAGGAAAACCCCAUGUCAACUUCCACGUGGAGCCGGGCGUGCCGGUGAUGCUCAUUAACCACGAGCUGUCGAACGGGCUCUUCUCGACACGCGUGACCGUGCACGAUGGGGAUUGCACAGACAGGAUCAUCCGCCGUCUCAUGAAAUCUGAACGUGGGAUUAAAGUUUUGUCGCAGGUGUCCCUGCUCCGCUACCUGGAUCCUAAUAUGGGGCCGCGCACCAUCCCCCGCCUGGGAUCGCCCAUGCACGGCACCACACCAAUCCCGCGUGACGCCCUCUUCCACAUCACGGGGACACCCAGUGGCGGUGGCUGCGGCAUCCGCGUCUCCAUAGGGGAGGAGAGCCACGAGGUUGGGGACACCCUCGUCUAUGCACUCGCAUGAGGGACGGAGGGAAGCACCCCCCUAAAUUGCUGCUGGAUGAAGCCAGGGGUGCUGAGUCAGCCCUCCAAUGGCCUGGACUGUCUUCAUUCCCUGGAGCUGGGUGUCUCUCUCUCUCAAAGGGUUCACAAUGGCCAUUCCAACCGUCAUUGAGAGCCUGAGUUCAAGUCCUGGGACUGGAGGUCUCACUAUUUCUCUAAUGGAGCUCACAAAAGGUGUUUUUCAACAGUGAACCAGCACUUGGUGGAGUCCAACUUUUACGACACCCAGAUGCCACCGUUGGGCAAUAUACAAACAUAUAUUAGCAACGCUGAACAUCAACAGAUGCACUUUUUAAAGUAGCUUCAUUUUCACGAGACAAAAAGUCCACAGCUGGAGUGGGAUAGGGCUUUCGCUCUUGAUAGCAACACCUGCAAUGAAUGUUCCCGGUCCACUCCCAUGGAUUUCUAGUUUCUAAACUCAACAGCCAAUCCGUGAGCAAGGGAACAGCUGCAUUAGCAUGCCAAAUUACCUGCUCCAUAUAUACGGCUUCAGUUUUUCUCUACUUUUGGGCAUAAGGGAGUCUCCAUUUGUUUUUUUGGGUUCUGUGUCGAUCACAAAAUGUUGCUCCUAUGGAGCAUCUCUAUUUCCAGAAGAUUCUCCCAAGAUGGCAACAGUAUCCUCUUGUCUAACAGCAAGGCACCCAGGUGUUUGCAGACACCCAGAGUACCCAUACAGGGUGUCCAGCGAGGGGCCUGGGGCCCUUUAUAUCCUGGCACCGGAGGUCAUUCCCAGAAUCCCACCAACCCAGUUUCAACAUCCGUUCUGGCUCUCCCAGCUUAUCCUGCCUCUGCAACCCAAUGGUGUGUUGUGGAACCUUCCAGAACCGGUAGAAUUCUCUCCAUCAUCAAGGCCAGGAUCGCCUUCAAGCAGGAAUGGAUCGGCAGUUAUCCAGGUUAUCACCCGUGGAUCGCCCUUGGACUUCACGUGGGCCUCCAACUUUUACCAUGUCGUGAACUCCCCCGUUCACAGGGAACCUGCAUGCAAGGAGGCUCUCCUAGUUGGGGUCAACCGGCUGAAGACCAUGGGAGCUCUGGAGCUUAUGCCUUCCCCGAUAGAGGAAAGGGUUUCUUGUCGGAACUUCAUGGUGUCGAAAGCGUCGAGUGUUUUCAUCCAAUUCGUGAUCUUCAUCUGUCGAACCAUGUCAUCGUGUUUGGGUUGGCUCUUGAGUUUUAAAAGUAGAAAUCCAUGGGAGCACAUGAGCACUCGAUGCUUGGACCUGCUGUCACAGACAACUGCUCUGGCCUCCCAUGGAUUUUUUAGCUUUUAAGAUAUUUUUUUAAUGAAAAGAGCAUCUCGAUACUCAGUCCUGCUGCGACAUGUACACGUGCUGUACAUGGUGGCCUCUGUUAGUAUAGCAGAAUUUAAGGGGCGACUCGCACCCCUAACAAACAUGUUUCAGGCAACAUGUCUAAGAGGAGCAUGAAUGUCAAACUUUUGCAUAAACGAGUUCUUUUGACGAGUUUAACAUUUCAGCCCCAUCAUGUGAUGUUUUCAAAUUCUUCCAGUCCCAUUGUAAUGUGUUCUUUCCAGUUCAAGUAUUAAAAAACUCUUUCAAGCCAAUGUUAUGACAGCCGGAGAAGUGCUGCUUCACUCCAGAUCUGUUCCCUGCCAAGAUGUGCCUUCUCUGUCAUCACUCCGAGGUGAAAGCAAUCAAUGCUACAGCACAUUAUUGGAGAGUUUGUGCAGCCUGACUAAUGGGGGGAUGGCUUGUCUCAAUGUCUGGUAGCUGAGUUUUAGGAUGCUAUGAAAUGACUACCACUCAGAACCAAACUAAGGCACUAGCGUUGUGUGUGGGCUUUACAGUACAGGAUUUAUAAUAGGCACAGAGAGAUGCAUUUGAUCUAUAAAGUAUAUAAGCAGUCUGAAUGGCCAAAUACAUUAAACAAGAUUAAACAAGUUAAACCCCAUUCAUCGUGCAUUGAUUUUGUGAGGGAGUGUCAUGUCAGCUGGAUGGUUGGUUUGUGAUGAAGGGUUCUGUUGGGAUUGGCCCGAUGCACAUUCCAGUCACGUUGAUUCUAAUGCCAUGAUCCUGGAAAUGUCGCCUGGGUAGUUUGACACCAGUUAUUCGCCACGAUCUGCUGCUCGAUGUAGGGUUCUCCACACGAUUGUGCUUUGGUGCAAUCCAUCUCAGGAACAUGAUCUGAUCUCAUCCAUCGACAAGUUGAUAACCUCUGAAAACGUUCUACUUUGCUGCUAUUCCAUAACCAGAUGUCUUAUCAUUCAUCCCUUACAGCAGUGACCUGUCCAAGGGCAUAUUCAUCAGUUAUUCUUGUACGAUGUCUGAUUUGCACUUAUCCUGAUCACUGUGCUCUGUAUUCAGAGCGUGCAUCUCUCCUCGUUACCUUUCAGCUUUUGACGUUACUGCAAAUAUGAAUGGUAAAGUUUUUGCAUAAGAUAUGUACACCUACUGAACAAUACAAUUGUAUGUUUGCAUAAUUAUACAUUCUCACGUGUACAUUUUGCAUGAGUAUUCGUGUACAGCAUAAAUACUGCAAACCAUAGAUUGCCCAUGACAGGUGCAGCUGUCAUUGAGAGACUUGAC